AAAAAAGGGGGGUUGUAGUACUUGUACUUAGUAGUAUUUUUGAUUGGUUUAAAAAUACAUAUUUUAGGUACUUUAACAUUUGUUGCAGUUACAUUUUGGGCACCAGAUACAGGGAUUCACUAAGGAUUUAAUCAAUUCAGCGUACAAAUAACAGAUAUGGACCAAGAUGGAUCCAACUUAAAAGCAAGAUGAGUCGCAAGUAGUUUAUAGUUUCUCACUUUGUAAGACAGGAAUAGCCAGUGCAUGAUGGAUGUCAUUAUUAAGCAAGAACCUUGUUCAUUGGAGGAGGACGACACUCAAAAUUAUGCCUGGACUGCCGGACAAGUGUCCACCCUGUCUAAACAGGUAAAACAAGAAAGUGAAAGUACACUUGUCACAGCAGAGCCAAGUCAUGCUGAUACACUUACAGCAUUUUCAUACAAGGCUCAGCACAAGAAGUCGGUGAAUGCAUUGAAUAGAAGCCAGCCCAAUAUUUUAUGCAGGAAAAAACCAAUCGUAGGCAAGUUGCCCAUUCCCCGCCUUAACAUUCAGUACACAGUCAUCUCAAAACGCAAACGGAAACGUGGUAAAUAUAAAAUCAAGAGUAGACCUCUAAUAGUACCAUCAAUUGAAAGUGACCCGUUGCAUGGAAAUUUCAACUUAUUGCCCAAGACAAAAAUUGCCUUAUCUGCCUUAUGCCAGAAGAUGGGUAGUAAAGACAAACCAAUCGCUUCUGCAACAAUAUUUUCAAACAACCAACAGCAAAACACUGCUCAUACUAAUCUUAUUCCACAAAUACCUGUUGGCACGGCAACAAUAUUCUGUGCAAAUCAGCAGCAGAAUUUGCUUCAGCAGAAUACUCUGCUGAACAACACAGUUCAGGACAACACGAAUCGGCAGCAACAUAUAGGCUCACCGAUAAUUGUGCCAACAAAUCAGCUGCAGAAUUUAACUCAGCAGAAUUCUGCACUGAUGAGGAAUGUCAAUGAAGAAAACACGAAUCGGCAACACCAGAGGGGAACACCAGUAAUAGUAUCAUCAGAUCAACAGCAGCAUUUAUCUCAGCAGAAAAACAUUAUAUUCCAGAAUGCAAGCCAGCAAAUCCAGACAUCGCCAUUUCUGUCUUCCAACAACAUUUUUACAGCAGGAACAGGAUUAGCAUUGCAGCCGAUGGUCUUGCCUACAGUCAUUCAGCAGCCAAUUUCUAAUAUUUCUGGUUUCAUUAUUCCUACAGGUACAACAUACUUGCCCACGUCCACUCUGUUAACCGCUUCAUCAAACUCACAGGUGGUUCAAUCCCUUAACUUGAUGCCUUCAAUGCCUGUAGUCAAUGGUCUACCAUUGUUUCAAAAUAUACCAACAGGAGUGCAGAACACUCGGAAUGCAGUUCUUGUUGGCAACCAAACCAAAGGUACUGAUCUUUCAUCUUCACAACAGCUUACAUUUGGUAUUCCCAUCAUUUCUGGUAAUUCUGUAGGCAGGGUGUCUGCUGGUUUGGAAUCCAGUCUGAAUAAAACUGGUGCAUCUGUCUCUGGUCGAUCUGAAAAUACUGAUGGGAAUCAGGCUGGUAAUGAAGCUGUGGACCAGCUUACGAGUAGUCGGGCCACAGAUGCUAAUAAAGCCAAUGCCUCGAAUGUCCAGAGAGUGGUGUAUCUGCGAAAAGCUGAGGAAUCUUGUGCAGAUACCUCGACAAACAUUGACUCUAAUGUGCCAUACAUAGAAACAUUACCAUCAGGUCAACAGAUCAUCAGGAAUCUGAACCCUAUAGAUAUGAAAUGCAUCUCGGGUUUGUCAUUUCCGCUUCUUCCACCGGACAUAAAAAGUACAACUGCCACCAGUUCUGUUGAAUCGCAUGUCACUAAAACACAGACAGCAACGACUGACGGUCGUACUAUGAGACCAGGAAUUACGUCUGAACAUAUGCUCCCACCCCGAUUGAAUGGAGUCACUAGGAAGUAUUCUUUGCUUUAUAAUACCCAGAAGGAAGCACUUCAGAGUAUUUGCAGCAACUCUGAUACAAAAAAAGUACUGAAUCCAAAUUAUUGUUUUGGCAAAACAUCUAAUAGUCAAGUGUUUGCAUCUUCAUUCUUCAUGAGCAGCAAUAAUGGAAAUGUCCUGAUGCCAUUAACAUCCAUAGCACCAGAAUAUAAUCCCACAAAGCCCAGCACUGAAGUCAAUAAAGACACUAAUGUUGAAUUAAAUACCAGUCAUUUACAAUCGAUAAAAUGCAAGGUGACAUCUCUGGAUGUUACCGGAACAAAUUCACAAGAAAGAUCUUGUCCUGAUAUUAUGAUAAAACAAGAAAAGAUAGAUGAUACAUCAGGAUCUGUUGCAAAUAUGCUAGGAGUAGGAGUAAGGCAGGCAAAAAGUAAUGCAGAUACUAAACAAAAGAAAUAUGACCAGGCACAUGGAACACAGCAGAUGCCAUCACAGCAGCCAGCAGACCAAGAACAAAUAGAAGAUUCGUAAAGCCCGUGCCACCUCUUACUGCAUGGUAUCAAGUGUCUCAGUGCCACGAUGGUCAACAAGACACACAGAUUCAGCCAUUCCAUGUUCCUGUUCAGAAGGAUCAAACACAGAAAGAAACUUUUGCUGUGAAGAAAAGAAUAAAGCAAGCAAAUCGUUUCAUUAAUAAAAUCAAAAUGGUUAAAAGAAACCAUAGUUUAUAUCAAGUAGGUAACUUGUUUUUUUGUAGAAGUGUGGAUGGUUCAAGAACAAAACAAUCAACAAUAGUAAAUACCCAGAAGAAAGCCGCCUCUAGUGAUGGCAGUAGUAAACCCAUGGAUUGGAAGGUGAAACAUAGCAUCUUGGAUUUAGAAUCUUCUACAGCAGAAAAUGAAUAUAUCCAUCAUGAUUAUGAUCCUGGUGACAAUAAAACAAAUGUUCAAUGUUCAAUACUUAAAUAUGCUCUGGAACAAAAUGCUGAUUCUGCUGUAUUUCAAGAGGAGAUGAAUGCAUGCGAUGAUUCUAUCGAAAUAAAGAUUGAUACUGUGUUUUCCUUGAAUGAGGAGUCCGGUGCCUGCUUCCUGGCAUCCAAGUCACCCUAUCAUUAUCCAGACUCCAGUUUUUCACACGACCAAAAACUUGAUGCCUGCUUUGUUGUUCUGGAAAAAGAAUCACAUUCAAGAUUCCUUGCACUACAGAUGAAGGUGUCGCGACUGCGACCAAAGAGAGCUUGUUCUAACCGGUGUAGAGCUCAUGCCCUUCACAUGAUGUGUCGGAGGUGUUCUUUUUUACCAGUCUUCGUGCAGAGGUUAUCACAUCAUUCUCAUCAUAGAUCAGGGAUCAGGGAUUCUUCUGAUGUGUCCCUGACCACUCAUUCAGAAAUUAAUGGAUUCCCACCUUAGGUGCAAGCUCAAUCACCUCCAGUGUCAUUUCUUCAUUGUAGUACAGGGCCCAGUUCCACGAAGCGAUCUUAGCACUAAGAUCAUCUUAGUGCAUAAGGUAGCUGUGCACUUAAGGUUAUCUUAGGGCUAAGAUCACUUUGUGGAACGGGCCCAGAACUCCACAACACUGAUACAGCUCAGUACUAUUUAACUCUGUCAUUAUUGCAGUAUUUUGUCACAUACCAGUCAUUAGAUUUUGCUUUGUCAAUGUCGGUUUUAAACAGAGUUUUGUUUGUUUUUUGUUACUGGGAAGUUUCUUGCAAAUAGAAAUGACAUUUGUUAUAUUCAAUUCACUACCGAGGUAUGAAGAGCUGUAUACUAAAUUAUUCAGCAAUUUUAAGAAUAAUCAUGUAAAUGGGUUUGGGAUAGUGUAUACAAAAGCAUAUAUGCCUUGGCAUAGUUACCUGCAUAAACAUAUCCAGACUACUAGCGCAUUCUGGAGGAAAUAAAUUUGAAACAAUGAUUAUGUCCCUUACCUCAUAUCAUCAUUGACCAAUCACAUUAUGUUUAACAUUGGACAAGAAAGAAAUAUGGCUUCCCCCAUCUACAUUGAUAUAAUUGUAGAGUAUAAAAUGUUACCCAAUACCUAGGAUAACUAUAAAAAUAUGGGGAAUGUCAAGAUAAACAUCAAUGUCCAUUGUAUUUUGGUCAAAAUAUUGUGGCAUACACUGCUCGUUUCCACAGAAACAGCCAUAUUUGUUUAUAGUAGCAAAGAAAUAUGUAACAAGCUUCACAAUUGGCCCUUAAUUUCCCACGGAACCAAUAAAAUGAAGACAAUAACUAUGUCAAGUUACGAACUGCAGAAUAAAAUACAGAAUGGUAGCUUGAUUUGCGAAGAUGUUAGUUUGUAGGAUAUUGAGAGAUAUUUUUUUUUUUUUAGGGGGUGUAGGUUAUACAUGUAUGUAUGUAGUAAUAUUUUAUAAUAUAAACAAAAUUAUGGCUGAAAGCAAAAUGAGUGAUAUAUUUUUAUGAAAUGAUCAAGUUAGUGCAUUCUAAUCAUACGUCCUUGAUGGAUUAAAGUAUUAACUAUGUUGGGGUUUGUUGGAGAUGCUGUUUAGUUCUUUUUUUUUUCAUAAAAAGUAUAUUAGUGAAGCAAUGAAGAAAAUAUGGUUAUCAGUAUCAUUUUGUCACAUAUGUCUGAAAAUGUGUCACUAAACUUAUUUAACCAUAACCAAAAAAAAUAAUGCAUCCAAUCAAGUACUCAUUUACAAGUUCUUGUAUUGGUUUAUGGGCAAUUACGUUUGAACUCAUUUCAGUUUGGGUGUUGUUGUUUUUUUGCUCUCUUAAUUUUUGUUGUUGUUGAACAACAGUUUGCACCUUGUAGCUUUUCCUUCAUGCUUAUUACAUAUGGGAGAUUUUGAAUGAAAAAAUUAAGAACUGUGCAAGAAUAUACACUAUAAUUGUGGCAUUUUCUUUGGCUUUUGGGUUUUUUUAAAACUUGAUUUACUGAUCACUGAUCAUUAAAAAAAACCUAAAAGCUAAAUAAACAUAGCAUUUAGCUUUUUGAGAGUUCUCUCCAUGCUCUUCUCUCUGCAUUGCCUAAUUUAACAAAAAUAUUUGAAGGCCAAUAUAUUGUUUAAAAAGUAAUAAAACACUGACCAUACUGAUGUAAAAUUUGAUUUGUAAAUCUUUAAUAAUCUUAAAAUGGACUGUUGCCAUUGUUAAAAUUUUGCUAGCUAACAAAGAUGUUUUAAUGACUACAAUUGAAUCAUACAUAAUUUCUUCUGCAUAAAAUAUUAGUGGCUGUAUAUUAAAUGUGUUUCUGAUCGUCCCAGUGUUUGCACUAGUUCAAACUGCAAUUUAUUUCCUAAUAUAUAUAUAUAUUUUAAUACAUGCCAAAUUAUUAAGACCAAAUCCAGUUUGGACUACUUAAAAAUAUUAAGCCUACAAAAAACACACUGAAUACAUACAGACACUGAUAUUCUAAACAAGAAAUUAAAUGAUAUAAUUUUAGUGUUUUAUUAGUCGGAAACAUCUUACAAUGGCAGAGAACUCAGAAUGGACUCUUUAAUCAAAGUGCAUGUAAAUAAAUCUGCUUUAUAAAUCAUGAUUUACAAUCUGAAUCUGCUCAGUUGUAUAUUUUAUAUAUAUAAAGUGACAUUUUAUACUAAAUUAUAUAUUUAAAACUUGUGUUUUUAUGUAAGACGAGUUGUAAACUAUGAAAUUUUGGAAUGUUGAAAAUGUUUUGUAUUCAUUGUGUCUGUGGGCAAAUUCGAGUGAUUUAUUUGCUAUGGCACAUGUGGUGGUAUUAGUAAUCUAUGUGUCUAUACCCUUUUUGAAGAAAGAACAUGAUGAUUUGGCAAAUAAUUAGUGAUUUUUGUUUCCUGUCAGAUAUUUAUUACAUCACUGUACAAGUUAACUCAGGAGCAGGUGGGGGAGGUGGAUGGAGUGCACAGGCUGGACAAAUUGAACCAUCUAAUAUUUGUUAUAGUUGUACGGGGUACUACUAUUUGAAUAUUUAUGUAUCAUUUUACAUCUUUGAUUCACUUACUAGUAUUUUGUUAUUAUGUUAUAUAUGUAUUUAAAUUAAGAUACUUUUAAUAAAAAUACAAAUAACACCCUUCUCUGUUUAUUCAAGUCACUGACAAUAGUUCCGGGGAUACUUGGCUUUUUCCAUUCUGCAUAAAAUGCUUUAUGAGUUUCUGCAAACACUGAAACAACCAUGCAGAAAUACUGGAUUUGCCCACAUUUAUAAUUUAAUUAAAACGUACUAGUAAUUAACCUAAUAGUCAAAGAUAUUUCACUACUGACUAGAGCCUUUUAUAUCUACACAGAGUGCACAAAUAAAAUUAAUUUCAAUCUUCAUCAGCAAAGAGAAAAGAUACCAAACAGUAGUGGUUAUUGUUGAUCAAAGUAAACAAAUUAAAGUGUGCCUUUUAUGUUACAAAAUUGUAAAUUGCCUUUUAUAGUACUGUAGGCUACAAGCCUUUUGAUCUGCGAUUCUUAACUAUUAUUCCUUACAAAUAAGAUUGUUUCCUUCUCUCUCUUUUUUCUUUAUUCGGCAGUUAAUUAUUGAAACCUUUUUCUUUCUUUUUUUCUUUUUUCGUAAACUUUUGUUCAGAGUUUAUUUUGGGCUAAUAGACAAAAUAUUUACAACAGAAAAGAAAAUGGAGUUUUGAAAAAUAUAUAUUAUUUGGUUCAUAGGACUUAGGUGGGUGUAUUGGAUGGAUAAAAUGUCUUCUAAAACUAAGUCAAGUAAUUUUAUUCCCGUUUCCAAAAUAUCAGUAUUCUUGGUUAGCAGUGUGGGUACACAGUAUGAAUUGAUGUGUAUACUAUUUAUUAGGGUGUUAUAUAUUUUGUGUCAUGUUGUCAUAAUACAUACACAUAUUAGUAUUCAAUUAAAGAUUUUUUAAAUAUG